GCGGCUCCAACUGUUAUUACAGGGGGUGGCAGACAGACCCGAGCACAACGUUGAGGUGCCAUUCAGCUAAGGGCGAACCAUCCUGGGCAGCUGCCCAUCCGCCUGAACUGCCGCAACGGAACUCCUGUGCCAUCCACCGAUCCAACCGUACCUCGCAGCUCCUGCCCCAUCCCUAAUAAGGCCACCAACAGACCUUACCAGCUGCUAAUGGUAAUAGACAACACCGCGUACAAGCUGCAUAACUUCUCCACCGGAGGUUCUCAUUUGCAGACUUGCAGUUGCUUGCUACCUGAAGGAAUCAGCUCCCGGUCUGUGGGCCACCAGCAUCAAAACGUAAACGACAUUCCAGCCGUCUCCCGCCUGCGCCGCUGCCCGCGCCCGUCGCUUUUUUGUCGAUGCUUGGGAGAUGACCAUUCAACCCCACGAUGGCUGAUCAGGCCACAGCAGCGGGGCGAGAAAGGCCACCGAUCAAGGUUGUGCGGUCGCAGAAGAUCACGGAGACGUAUUCGCCGCCAGCCUCUGAGCUGUACGACGCUACCGAAGCCGAGGACCGAGCUCCGCCGAUACCGCGAUCACACACGCCAGGCCACCUCGCAUCGAAAAGCCAGGAUCGCCGAUAUAAGUUCGCCGACGUCGCCGUACGUCAGCGCUCGCAAUCGACAGCCGCAGUCCCGUCUCCGCCCCCAUCCGGGGUCUCAUUGCCCUCCCUCCCCACCGCGACCUCCUCCUUCUCCAUCCCGCCGACGAAGACGCCAACGCCCUCCUCGACUCGACAGCCCAGCAUCGCCGAGGAUGGAGAUGGAUCCUCCGCCGGCCGGGAACGGCACGACUCGGCCGGCAGCAGCAAGGAAACCGCCCGGCGACCGACAGCGGUGCGUUCUACGUCCGCCAUCGCGAGCCGGCCGGGAACAGUGGGGCCGGGAUCGGGCGUUAUAGCUCGCCUGGGCACCGGCCGCGGCGCUCCGGCGAAGGGGGCCGAGCUGUACACGCCGUUCCCGCCGCUGGCGAACCCCAAGACGGCGCCGGACGUGCCCCCGGCGCCGUCGUCCGGCAUGUACUGGAGCCGGGCGCCGGUGUCCGGGGCGCCGCACACGGCGCUGCGCGCGCACACCACCACGCUGGUGGGUUCCAACGUCUACGUCUUUGGGGGUUGCGACUCGCGCGCCUGCUUCAACGCGCUGUAUGUGCUGGACGCCGACGCCUUCCACUGGUCGGCGCCGCACGUGGUCGGCGACGUGCCCGUCCCGCUGCGCGCCAUGACCUGCACGGCCGUGGGCAAGAAGCUGGUCGUGUUUGGCGGCGGCGACGGGCCGGCGUACUACAACGACGUGUACGUGUUGGACACGGUCAACUUCCGCUGGUCCAAGCCGCGCAUCCUGGGCGACAAGGUGCCGUCGAAGCGCAGGGCGCACACCGCGUGCCUGUACAAGAACGGCAUCUACGUGUUUGGCGGCGGAGACGGCGUGCGGGCGCUCAACGACAUCUGGCGCCUCGACGUCAGCGACACCAACAAGAUGUCAUGGAAGCUUAUCUCGGGUCCGUCCUCGGCGGACGGCCGGUCACCGGCCGGUGGCAGGGAUGCACGGCCGAAGGCGCGGGGCUACCACACGGCGAACAUGGUCGGCAGCAAGCUGAUCAUAUACGGCGGCUCGGAUGGCGGGGAGUGCUUCAACGAUGUGUGGGUGUACGACGUGGAGACGCAGGUCUGGAAAGCAGUCAGCAUCCCCGUCACGUUCCGGCGGUUGUCGCAUACCGCCACUAUUGUCGGGUCGUAUCUCUUCGUGAUUGGCGGCCACGACGGGAACGAGUAUUCCAACGACGUCCUGCUGCUGAAUCUGGUCACCAUGACCUGGGACAAGCGGAGGGUCUACGGGGCGGCCCCCAGCGGCAGGGGCUACCACGGUACUGUCUUGCACGACAGCCGGCUGUUGAUGAUCGGCGGGUUCGACGGGAGCGAAGUGUUUGGCGAUGUGUGGAUUCUCGAGCUCGCUGUCCAUGCGUACUAUUCGCAGAUCAGCCACUUCACCAUUGAGGUCUAGGCUCGGCUUUGCGCCUGACGCCACGGAGCGUCAUGUUUGUUCGAAAGAGAUAAGAAGUUUAAGGUAUCGAAGGAUGGUGGUGAGGCGGGAGGCAAGCAUUGGUACAAACAAGUACGGCGUCGCGGGUCUAGGUGUCCAAAAAAGCGAAGCGGGUGGACAGGAUU